AUUCGCCUACCCGUGGUCGAACCGGCACAGUCUAGCGCAAGUCGGCGUACCGCGAGCAUCUUCGAUCACAAGUUGCCGAGAAGCGGUGCACAUCCCGUGCUGGGUAUUUCUACACCUGCUGUCUACCAAGCGUGUCUGUGUGUGUGUCCGUUGUUGAAGUGUGUUCGCGCUUACCUGCUGUGACGUGUGAUAGUUUAUCUACGAUCAAUCAACCGUAUCAAUCAAAGCUAAAAUGGCGCCCCGCAACAAGGAACAGGAAGCCGAAGUGCUGCAGUGGAUCAGCGAUGUGCUGGGCGAAAAGUUGCCGCCCGGUGCGUACGAGGACGUCCUGAAGGAUGGUGUGGUGCUGUGCAAGCUGAUCAACAAGAUGGCGCCGGGCUCGGUGAAGAAGAUCCAGGAGCGUGGCACCAACUUCCAGCUGAUGGAAAACAUUCAGCGCUUCCAGGCCGCGAUCAAGAAGUACGGUGUGCCGGAGGAGGAAAUCUUCCAGACGGCGGACCUGUUCGAGCGCCGCAACAUCCCGCAGGUGACGCUCUGUCUGUACUCGCUCGGAAGAAUUACCCAAAAGCAUCCGGAAUACAAUGGACCGACCCUUGGUCCCAAGAUGGCGGACAAGAACGAGCGUAACUUCUCCGAGGAACAGCUGCGGGCUCAUCACGGCGAGCUGAACCUGCAGAUGGGCUACAACAAAGGUGCCUCCCAGGCCGGGUGUGGUUCGUUCGGCAACUCGCGCCACAUGUAGAUAGCCGGCAGCACCGUAAGCGGUUCCUGCUGUCAUGCGCCAAACGGAACUGACUUUGCUUUAGUGUAUCCGGAGAGUAUUCGUCUAUAUAACUUAUCGUGUUUUCUUUAUGUACAAAAACAAAAAAAAAGCCAAAACAAACACUCAUUCGCGCUCUUCUAUUUCCAUCCAUCCAUUCACGCUUCGAGUACGCGGAGACACGCGAUUGUCCGCCUCGUACGGGUGGGUUUUGGCCUCCGCCAAACGGGCGUUAGCGUUACAGAAAAUUCAUCUUCGUGGAUUCGUCAUUUGUGUGCAUCAUUGCUAUUUUUAGGAAGGUUUUUUACAACAACAACAACAACAAAAACACACACUCACGAAAACAUAUCGCCCAGUCCCGUCAGCCGGUAGUACUAAUCGUGCUGCUCGUUCGUAUGACGGUUGCGUCCGCAACCUAUGACACCUACGCGCCGUAAUCUAACCUUCACAUUAGGGACGUAGCAGGAGGGCAAAUCUAUUAUAUUCUCCUUAAAACACACACACACGCGUGCGCGAUAAUCUCAUACUUCAUCAACACUCAUCGGAACCUUAAUCACUCGCCAUUAAGUGCGUUAGGCCAAACACAACAGCAACGACAAGAUGUUCUGUGUCAGAAUGCAGUUGCCAUUGCAACAAUAAUAAGGUCAAUGUGUGUGUGUGUGUGUUGUAGAUGUGUUUUUUCUGUGUUUGCGCUUUCACUUGCGGUACUAAUAUGUCUAAUCGCCUCUUCGUGUAGCAAUCAACGAUGUAUUAUAAAAUGGCGUACCGGGCUACAAAUAAAUAUUAUGUGACACUAAAUCGUGCGUUGUUUUGGCUAAUUCACUCUGACGGUGAGGACUGACAAUCGAGCGGCGUGAUAUCAAAAUAGGCCAUAUAUAACAGGCAUGACCCCCUAAAGAGGUUGUUAAGUCAGGUAGAAUAAGCGGAACAUCUGCGAAUAAAAUCGAAACAUCUUGGA